AUGGUGGGUCCUGCAAAGAAGCGUGCCCAGGCUGAGAAUAAGGGCUCUGGAUCUUCGGAGGGACGGAAGUCUUCGCAGGAGUCUUCUGGUCGAGAUGUUGCUACGCAGCGGUCUACUCCCAAGAGCAUCCCGCGCUUGGAUGGCAAUCGGGACCCUAUAGUCCUCGAUAGAAACGCGCCCAUCACAUACACUAAACCCGGAGACCUGAAAAAUAUCUCGGAGUUCUUAGGAAUGCGGGGUUGGUAUACCGCUCGUGGCAUCGAAAUUCCCGAUAGUCUCCCAUAUCGGCCAAGCAAGUUCAACACCCUAGGCACAGAGCUCGCUGUCACCCUGAAUACAUACAAUGUCAUUCAAGCACCAUCCACUACGGUGCAUCAGUACGAUAUUGCCUGGGGCCAAAACACUGAUGCAACCAAACGUGUGUUGAUCAAGAAGAUAUGGAACAGCAAGGCUGUCAAAGCUGCCCUCGGCGAGCCUCUGCACUUGUGGAUCUAUGACGGAAACAAGCUUGCUUGGUCCGUCUACCAAAAGCUCGACCGCGAUGAGAUGCGCAUUACCGUCAACCUUGAUGAAGAGGAGGCUCAAGACCUUGCCGCGGCAGGCAAGCCCAAGCGUGGCCGAGCCUGUGACAAGGACAAGAAUACCCACACCCUCUUCGUCAAAUGGACCCGCAAGGUCGAUUUUGCUCAUUUGACAGCCUUCUUGAGCGGCCAUGCUCCUUGGAGCCCUGACUGCAUCGACACCGUCAAUUUCCUCGAUCAUGUCAUGCGCGAGGAGCCAUCUCGGAAGUAUACUCAGAUCAAGAAAUCUUUCUUCCAGCGUGGUGAGAAGCGUUAUGAUCUUGGUGGUGGAAUUGAAGCUUUCAAAGGUGUCUUCUCUUCACUCCGCCCAGUUCUAAAUGAUAAGUUCGAGAAGUCCCUCUCAGUCAAUGUCGACGUCGCCAACGGAACCUUCUGGCGUGCCCAAGAGUUGGCCCGCGCCAUCCAGCAAGUCUUCAAUCAAAAUCUUCCUCAAUUCCAGACAAACUUCUUGCAUGCCAAGCGAGACUGGAGGCAUUCACAGCUCCGAAAGGACCUAAGCCGUUUCAAGAGACUUGGUGUCACUGCGACACACAACAAGGAGAACCUCACCCAAUGGACAAUUGAGGAGAUCUGUCAGCAAGAUUGCCAUGAGGCCUCGUUUACCGACCCUGAUGAUAAGCGCGAUAUCGAGGACAAACUGAAGCGCAAGAUCACCGUCUACAAGUACUACAAGCAGAAGUACGGCAUUGAAUGUAUCCCGCGCGUGCCUGUGGUCAAGAUGACGAAGAAGAUCCGGAAAGGCCCGGUUUACAUUCCAAUGGAACACCUCAAGAUCAAUCCAAAUCAGCGCUACAAUUCGAAGCUGAGCGAUAAGCAAACGUCAGAGAUGAUCAAGUUCGCCGUUACGCUCCCUACUGAGCGCUGGGCGGCCGUUGAACAUGGAGUUAGGUUGCUUGACUGGGGCCAGGACAGGUAUCUAAAGCACUACGGCAUCAAGAUUAGCACGACGCCUGCAAAGGUCAAAGCCCGUCAGCUUCCCUACCCAACUAUCACCUUUGCCGGCUCAGGCGCUGGUAGCACUAUUUCGCCUAAGGAUUGCCAGAACGGCCGUUGGCGUCUCGACGGGAAAACGUUUAUCGCUCCCAAUCAGCGCGAGAUCACUUCUUGGGGUAUUUGUGUUAUUCAGGGUAGAGGUGCUCUAGCUAAACCCGCCGUUGAGCAUUUUGCUCGCUCAUUCAUUAGGACCUAUGAGAGCCAUGGAGGAAAAUUCAGCACGAAGUUCAACAAGCUACCCCACAUCGUCGACGGCAAUCUCGCCCGUGGUGGUGAUAUGAUUGCAGACGCCUGGAAUGCGAUUGGCAACAAGUUCCAGGCUCGACCAAUGUUCAUGAUGUUCAUUGUCAACGACCGCAAUGUUGAAGUCUAUCGCCGCAUCAAGAAAUCGUGUGACUGCCGGUACGGAGUUCCCUCGCAGGUCGUUCAGUCGAGGCAUGCAGCGCAGUCAUCUGCCCAGUAUCUAUCCAAUGUUUGUAUGAAGGUUAACGCGAAGCUUGGUGGAGCUACCUGCUUUGCCAAGUCGACAAUCAUCCCCAAGCUGAAUCCCAAGGCAGCCAGCAUUCCGACAAUGAUCAUCGGUGCUGAUGUUUCUCACCCAGCCCCCGGUGCUGGUUCCGAUACUGCGGCUUCGUUCGCUGCCAUCGCCGUGUCUAAUGAUACAACAUUCACUCGCUAUUGGGCUGAGUGCAAUACUAACGGCAAUCGCGUCGAGAUGGUCACGACACAGAACAUCGAUGAACACCUUGGCAACAUGGCGAAGAACUGGAUGACUCGAGUUGGUCGGGGUCAAGCGCCUCAACGCGUUCUCUACAUUCGUGAUGGUGUCUCUGAGGGUCAAUAUGCUGCCGUCUUGGAAGAAGAAGUCCGCGACAUGAAGGAAUGCUUCCGCAAGAUUGGUUGCAAGACCAUUCCGAAGUUUACCGUCGUCAUUGCUGGAAAGCGUCACCACAUUCGGUUCUUCCCCGACAAAGGUAGAUCUGACAGGAACAACAAUCCAUACCCUGGCGUCCUUGUUGAGACCGGCUGCACUCACCCUUUCGAAUUCGACUUCUACCUCUGCGCCCACUCUGCUAUAAAAGGCACAGCUCGACCAAUUCACUACCAGGUCAUUCUGAACGAGGCCGAGUGGGGAGGCAUGGAGCUUCAGCAGUUCAUCUUCGAGCAUAGUUUCCAGUAUAUUCGGUCCACGACUCCAGUUUCCCUUCAUCCGGCUGUCUACUAUGCUCACCUGGCUGCCGAUCGUUCUCGCGCUCACGAAAAUGUCACCCCAGUGUCCUCUGGGAAGAAGGAGGCUAAGGCUGAGCAGAAGCCCGAGAGCUCGUCUGGUUCAUCCAAGAACAAGGUGGAGAUUCAGCCUCUCCUCGCUCUGUCCAACGCUCAGGGCCUCCGCGAGCUCAUGUGGUACGUCUAG